GCUCCCGCCCCUAAGAUGGCGGCUCGGCCCCCAUGCUGCCCCGCGCCGUUCUCCGGCCCCGGAAGCGUUGGGCGCCGCCUCGUUCGGGCCCGUUCCUUGCCGUUCCAGUGCCGCCAUGGGAGUACCGGCUUUCUUUCGCUGGCUCAGCCGCAAGUACCCGUCCAUCAUCGUCAACUGCGUGGAGGAGAAGGCCAAAGAAUGCAAUGGCAUCAAGGCUUCAAUUGACACAAGCAAACCAAACCCUAAUGAGGUGGAGUUUGAUAAUCUGUACUUGGAUAUGAAUGGUAUCAUUCACCCUUGUACACAUCCAGAAGACAAGCCAGCACCUAAAAAUGAAGAUGAAAUGAUGGUUGCAAUUUUUGAGUAUAUUGACAGGAUCUUCAACAUUGUAAGACCAAGGCGACUUCUCUACAUGGCUAUAGAUGGAGUGGCUCCACGUGCAAAAAUGAAUCAGCAGCGGUCAAGAAGAUUCAGAGCAUCAAAAGAGGGCAUGGAAGCUGCUGAAGAGAAGCAAAAAAUAAGACAAGAAAUUCUGGCCAAAGGUGGCAUUCUUCCUCCAGAAGAAGUGAAGGAAAGAUUUGACAGCAACUGUAUUACCCCAGGAACUGAGUUUAUGGACAAUCUUGCCAAAUGUCUCCGCUAUUACAUUGCUGACCGUUUGAACACUGACCCAGGGUGGAAAAAUCUGACAGUAAUCCUGUCUGAUGCUAGUGCUCCUGGUGAAGGUGAACAUAAAAUCAUGGAUUACAUUAGAAGACAAAGAGCUCAACCAAACCAUGACCCGAACACUCAUCACUGUCUGUGCGGGGCUGAUGCUGAUCUAAUAAUGCUUGGAUUAGCCACACACGAACCAAAUUUCACCAUCAUUAGGGAAGAGUUUAAACCAAAUAAACCCAAGCCGUGUGCUCUUUGUAACCAGAUGGGUCACGAGGUUAAAGAUUGUCAAGGUUUGCCCAGAGAAAAACAAGGCAAGCAUGAUCAGUUUGCAGACAGCCUUCCUGCCUCGGAACAAGAAUUUAUCUUCAUCCGCUUAUGUGUUUUGCGAGAGUAUUUAGAAAGAGAACUCACUAUGGCCAGUUUACCUUUCACUUUUGAUUUUGAAAGAAGCGUUGAUGACUGGGUCUUUAUGUGCUUCUUUGUUGGAAAUGACUUUCUUCCUCAUCUGCCAUCUCUGGAGAUCAGGGAGGGAGCAAUUGAUCGCUUGGUUAACAUCUAUAAAAACGUGGUGCACAAAACUGGGGGCUAUCUCACAGAAAGUGGUUUUGUCAACCUGCAGCGAGUCCAGAUGAUCAUGUUGGCUGUUGGAGAAGUUGAAGACAGCAUUUUCAAAAAGCGAAAAGACGAUGAUGAUAACUUUAAAAGACGACAAAAAGAAAAAAAGAAAAGAAUGAAGAGGGAUCAUCCUUCUUUUAUUCCUGGUGGGCAGUUUUCCCCUCAAGCUUUGGGAAAUCGCUCCAGUCCUCAGGCAAUCAGUAACCCCAGGCAAGCUGCCUUUGAAAUGAGAAUGCAUGACAGACAGAACUCUACGAUGUCGUCUCCAAAUACCAGUCUCAAUUCUGAUGGCUCCCCAUCCCCAGCUCGAGGAAUUAAGCGAAAAUCUGAAGACAGUGACAGUGAACCUGAGCCAGAGGAUAAUAUCAGGUUGUGGGAAUCUGGUUGGAAGCAACGCUACUAUAAAAACAAGUUUGAUGUUGAUGCAUCUGAUGAGAAAUUCCGUCGUAAAGUUGUACAGUCCUACGUUGAAGGGCUUUGCUGGGUUCUCAGAUAUUAUUAUCAGGGCUGUGCCUCCUGGAACUGGUAUUACCCUUUUCACUACGCUCCGUUUGCUUCUGACUUUGAGGGUAUUGCAGACAUGCCCUCAGAUUUUGAAAAGGGCUCGAAACCGUUCAAGCCUCUUGAACAACUGAUGGGAGUAUUUCCAGCUGCAAGUGGAAAUUUUCUGCCUCCAACCUGGAGGAAGCUCAUGACAGAUCCGGAAUCGAGCAUAAUUGACUUCUACCCUGAAGACUUUGCUAUUGAUCUGAAUGGGAAGAAGUACGCUUGGCAAGGUGUUGCAUUAUUGCCAUUUGUUGAUGAGCGACGCCUCAGGGCUGCCUUGGAAGAAGUCUAUCCUGACCUCACUCCUGAAGAAAACAGAAGAAAUAGCCUUGGUGGGGAUGUUCUUUUUGUUGGAAAACACCAUCCGCUUUGUGACUUCAUUGUGGAACAGUACAAGUCCAAAAAUACAGAGCCAGUGGAUAUGCCCCCAGAGUUGUGUUACGGAAUCCAGGGAAAGCUUACACUGAAUGAAAAUGCUGUUCUUCCAGAUAAGACAGUAGAGUCUCCCGUUCCAAUGCUACGUGAUCUUACACAAAAUUCUGCAGUCAGUAUCUCUUUCAAAGAUCCACAGUUUGAUGAAGACUUUAUUUUCAAGGCUACUGUAUUACCUGGUGCAAAGAAACCUCCUCCAGUUCUGAAGCCAGGAGACUGGGAAAAGACCAACAAUGAUGGCAGGCCUUGGAGACCACAGCUUGGCUUUAAUCGAGACAGAAAGCCAGUCCACUUGGACCAGUCAGCAUUUAGAACUUUAGGCCAUGCAAUGCCAAGGGAAAGAGGGAUGCCAGGAAUGUAUGCCAAUGCAGUACCUCUUGGAGCUUAUGGGAGCCCAUACACCCGGCCUCUUAUGAGUGGGCAGCAGCAGAUUCCUAAAUUGCUGUCAAAUCUUAGACCUCAGGAGUCUUGGCGAGGCCCUACGCCCUUAUUUCAGCAAGCACCACAAAGAACUGCUGGGGCUGCCCCGCUGCUCGCCUGGAACCGCAUGCUGCCAGCCCAAAGUCAGUACCCACCGGGCCAGUACCAAGGGCUGGGUGGGCCCAUGAACUACCCACAGAGACCUGAGGAUCGGAUGGACCGGGGGAGGCAGGCAUACGGCCCCGGGAGGCCCUACCUGCUGCCCCCACCCUCGGGAAGAUACAGCUGGAAUUAGCUCUGCUCUCCCAAGCCCACAAAACGUCCGGGUUUCGGUUUUGUUUUUAUUAACCUGGGGAGGGAGGGGGAAGAAAUGAAAUUGUUCAGCAACCUCCCUGUAGAUUUUAAACUCUGCUUGUUUUACAUGUGUACAUUUCUUACCGAACCCAUUAUGUUUUGCCGCUGCGAACCACGAGUUCACCCCGAUCUGCAAAGCCGUCAGCCGAGGUGGGAGAGCUGUUUUGUCCUCAUGGCAUCCCCAAGCUGUGCCGCGCAGCGCCUGUCAAUGCGAGCUGCAGCCACCCUCUACUUCACACACAAGAGCCUGAAAACAGACACGGAGUUGUAAAGAAUGCACAGAAAUCAGAUUUGAUGAACUCGGCGAGGACGCAGCGGGCAGCACGCAGCGCACCGGGGUUAAGGACGUGUCCAGCAGUGCUGCUCUGAUGAUGCUUUGGAUUUCUUAUAGAGGAAAGCAGGAGAUUUUUGGACUCUGAAGCAGAACGUUUCCACUUCUACAGCUUGUUGCCUGUUUUUUGACUUGGUUUUUGUAACACGAACAAGCACGGAAGCCGUACCAGUCUGUUUUGAUAUAUAAUUUAAAAUAGCUGCCCUGUAUGGAGUUUCCAUUCAUUUUUAGUACUCUUUCUAGGGGUUUUCCAUGUGAGUGUACCAAAUCAGUAAAUAUUUUUAUUUGCUUUAUAAAGUGGCUUUUGAAAUUUG